AUGGAGACAGUGAACUAUUUCUCCCGUAGAUCACCUCUUAAUCGGCUUUCAUUUCUACGAGAUGAUCCCUCGUUCAUUUCUGCAGCUUUGACACACCCGUCUAGCCAAUUCGUGCUUCUUCUGAAUCUGGCACCUCUAGUGAAGAUACCCUCCAAGUUGCACUACGCAAGUUAUCAGGACAUAAAAAGUCUUAUUCCCAGCACUGAUUUCUCCAUGUGCGAGAAAGACGCGAUCAAAUGCUUUGACUCCAGCAAUGUGCCUCCACUUUUGAUCUUUCUAGGUAUAGAUGAGAGUCGCUCGGAUGGGUUUUUCUGGGGCAAGUACCAGGGAACCCCGGUCUUUGCGCUUGAUUUGACACCAGUAGAAGGCAAAGAGCUACAGAGUGUGCGGAAGAAGACUAUUGAGGCUUUCGAGAGCCAGGGAUUAAGCUUUCUCCAAGGGAAGAUCAUCAUGUCUUUCACACCAGAUGAAGCUGCAAUAUACGCUCAGGCUCGUACUCUGGUAGACUGGAACACUAGAAAUGCUUUCUGUGGCAGCUGUGGAAGCCAAACUAUGUCUGUCCAUGCAGGAGCAAAGCGAGUCUGUCCUGAAAUUGACAGAGGUAUAUCCGGCUUUGUUGAACGCCUGGGAUGUGCUACGCGUACGACAAUCUCCAAUUUAUCAUUUCCUCGCACCGACCCAACCAUUAUUGCGGCGGUCCUGUCCGCCGACUUCAAGCGAAUCCUGAUGGGCAGGUCUAAAAGAUUACCGCCCAAAUGGUAUUCACCACUCGCAGGAUUCGUUGAGCCAGCCGAAUCAGUGGAGGACGCAGUUCGCAGAGAGAUAUGGGAGGAGGCGGGAGUCGUCAUUUCGCAAGUUGUAAUUCAUUCCAGUCAACCAUGGCCAUACCCUGCUAGCCUGAUGAUCGGCGCUAUUGGGUACGCGCGAGACAAAGAGUCAGAGACUAUUUCUCUUGACCAUGAUCCUGAGCUUGAAGAUGCUCGGUGGUUUGAUAUUGUUGAGGUUGAGGAAGGUCUUCAGAUUGGGAUAAGUGACCUGGGUGAACAGCCCGGCCCUGACUACAAGGGAGGGCUGAUACUGCCUCCUCCAAGCACAAUUGUUUACCAUUUGCUCCUAGCGACCGUCAAACAUGCGCGAGAUUUAUCUAGCUGA